AUGGGAAACACCACGAGCGAGCGGGUGUCUGGGGAGCGCCAUGGCUCCAAGUCCCACCGCUCGGAUGGCUCCGGUGCCUCCCACCCCGCCAAGGAGCACCCACACAAGAUCAUGGUGGGCAGCACUGAUGACCCCAGCGUUUUCAGCUCCCACGACUCCAAGAUUCCUGGGGACAAGGAGUUUGUGUCAUGGCAGCCGGAUCUGGAGGAGUCAGUGAAACCAUCCCAGCAGGCUCGUCCGACUGUCAUACGCUGGGCUGAUGGAGGCAAGGAGGUCUUCAUCUCUGGAUCCUUCAACAACUGGAGCGCCAAGAUCCCACUCAUCAAGAGCCACAAUGACUUCGUUGCUAUCCUGGACCUUCCAGAAGGAGAGCACCAGUACAAAUUUUUUGUGGAUGGUCAGUGGGUUCAUGAUCCAUCUGAGCCUGUGGUUACCAGCCAGAUGGGGACAAUAAACAACCUCAUCCAUGUCAAGAAGUCUGACUUCGAGGUGUUUGAUGCGUUGAAGGUGGAUUCCCUGGAAAGCUCAGAAACCUCAGGUCGGGAUUUAUCCAGCUCCCCACCGGGACCUUAUGGCCAAGAGAUGUACGUAUACCGACCCGAGGAGCGCUUCAAAUCCCCACCCAUCCUCCCGCCUCACCUUCUCCAGGUCAUCCUCAACAAGGACACCAAUAUCUCGUGUGACCCAGCACUGCUGCCUGAGCCCAACCACGUCAUGCUCAAUCACCUCUAUGCGCUCUCCAUCAAGGACGGCGUGAUGGUGCUUAGUGCCACGCACCGCUACAAGAAGAAGUACGUCACUACACUGCUGUACAAGCCCAUCUGAGCCAGGGCUUCGCACACUCCCCACGCAAGACACCAAACGCUGCUUGUCUGCACACACUGGACCACGGGACUGUGUGAAAACUGGCCACUGGCUCCAGCCUCCAACCUGGCAGGGACGUGGGCCCCAGCAACAAGCUCAGGGCCAUUGGGGCCUAUGACGCUGUCCCAUCCUACUGGUGUGGUUUAGCCCUUGGUUUCCACCCACCUGCAGCUUCCCUUGGCUUCUGUGAGUCUCUGGGACCACUUCGCUGCUCACCAGAACAGCCCCUCCUCACGCCCAACACUAAAAGGGCUUCACCCUGCCUGUCUUCUCCAGCCUGCGAGGGCCUCGAGGUGGUCCUGGCACUGCACCUGGUCCAGGCUCCAGGAACACAUCCUGUUCUUCUGAAGGUUGCGCUGCUGCCUGGUGGUGAGUCUCCAAGGCCACCUUGGCUGCUAGGGGCUCUGUCACACUCCAGCCUGGCACCUGCCUCCUGUCCCACAGCCCUGGCUGUGAGGCUGCCCCCCAGCUUUGAGGAGGGCUCUGCAGCCCCAGCCUUCUGUGAGGUUCAACGUCAAGCCAGCAUGAUGGAUGGUACCACUGGACAUAGCCACUCUUACUUGCUGCUGUGAGAGCACCGUCAAGGACUGCAAAGCCCUGUCCCCAGCAUCAGCUGCUUCUGUGGGACAGGGCUGACUUUGUCAUGGCCAGAGGGGCACCGGCCCAUGCCCACGCUGGAGGGGCUUGGGAAGAGCAGAGCUGG